UAAACCAGCUCGUCAAAAUAAACAUUCGAUAGCGGAUUUCUGUAUAUGAUUUCAAAUUAAAACACGAUAACGCAAGUAUAAACGUUAUUUUUGCGUUUAUUUCAAUUAAUAAUGUCGGAACGAAAAGUACUCAACAAAUACUAUCCACCGGAUUUCGAUCCGUCGAAAAUCCCUCGCGUUAAGCUUCCCAAGAAUCGACAGUAUACGGUUCGGCUGAUGGCACCGUUCAACAUGCGUUGCGUUACUUGUGGGGAAUAUAUAUACAAGGGCAAAAAGUUUAACGCCCGCAAGGAGGAUGUAGAGAACGAAGAUUAUCUAGGCAUUCGGAUCUAUCGCUUCUACAUAAAGUGCACCCGCUGUUUGCAGGAAAUUUCGUUCAAAACCGACCCUCGGAAUACUGACUACGAAAUCGAAGCUGGUGCAACGAGAAAUUUCAUGGCUCUUAAGCUAGCCGAAGAGCAAGCCCGUCGUGAAGAAGAGGAAGCCCGUGAAGAAGAAGCUACAAACCCAAUGAAGCUGCUGGAGAACCGAACGCAACAAUCGAGAAACGAAAUCGAACUACUGGAAUCGCUCGAAGAGCUGAGAGACCUGAAUCGGCGCCAACAGGAGGUCGACUACGACCAGAUGCUGCAGCAGUACGAUCCUACGGAAUCGAUACGAGAACGCGAAGAACGGCUCGAGCGACAGGAUGAGGAAUAUAUCAAAUCGAUUAAAUUCCGUUCUCACACCGCCACAGGCAGUGGCCUUAAGCGUGUUGCUACCGAGGAAAUAAUCGAAGAUAUUAAACAAGAGCCAUCAGGAGCGGAGACGAACAAGAGUCUGCUAACGGAGUCGGGACCUGUAACCAGUUUUUCUACGCCAACGUUUGCUAUUCCUGCCAAAGCGAAAAAACUGGACAACACCAGCAUAAGCAUUGGUGUGAGAAAAAGUUCGCUGAGUAACUUGGUGGUGAAGAAGAAAUCGACAGCAACACCAGUUGUGUCUUCCGCCAACACUUCAAUCAGUGCCACGGUGGGUGGAGCUGUUGGGCAAACGUUGCCAGAGACGAGCACCACAUGCGGUGAUACGAACACAGCAACGAGUGAAGCUUCAACAGUGGUAUCCGCAACGACAUCGAUGACAGACGGUGUCCCGGCAGUCAGCGGUUUAGGCCUCCUGGGAACCUAUUCCGACAGUGACAAUUCAUCGGAUGGUAGUAACGAGUGAACAGCUUUGCGUUGUGGCGUAACGGAUGAUGAAAGAGAUAGAUUAUCUUCGUUUUAAUUUGUAAUAAACUUUACACUUGAUAUAUCCGAUGUUAUUUCUCGAAAGCAAUGAGCAAAGCAGAAUGUAACUUUCUGAUGACUCAUGCAUGUGGAGAUGCCAACAAAUUACAGAGUCAUACGUCCCCUUUAUUCUCCACCCAGCCAAGAAUAAACCAAAAUUAA